UGAUGCUCGGGGACUUACCGAAAGGGGUUGAUGACCUAUAUAGUAAGCGCAGCCGCGACCGCGUUUAGCGCCACUCCGCCGAAUAAUCGUCUUUCGUUCAUCGCAACAGCUCUCAUAUACGUACGAUCUCCACUCUUUUCGCACGAACGUCCCCUUCUCGGAGUCAUUGCAUCAUGGCGGCGGAACAGAGAAAGCUGCUCGAGCAGCUUAUGGGAGCGGACCAGCUCAUGGGCACUGGUGCUCCGUCCCGCAACGCUCAGCUUUCUAUUACCGACCCUAAAGUCUGUCGCUCAUAUCUCGUCGGCACAUGCCCGCAUGAUCUCUUCACCAAUACCAAGCAAGAUCUUGGCCCUUGUCCUAAGGUGCAUAGUGAAGGUCUGAAGACGGAGUAUGAGACAGCUUCGGCUGCGGAGAAGGCUAAAUGGGGCUUCGACUUUGACUAUAUGAGAGACAUGCAGAAAUACAUUGAAGAUUGUGACCGGAGAAUUGAUUCUGCACAGCGGCGGUUGGAAAAGACCCCGGACGAAAUUCGACAGACAAAUAAUCUUCUGAAACAAAUCUCCGAUUAUACCAAAACGAUCAACGGUGGCCUGCUUGAGAUUUCCGUCCUAGGUGAAACCGGCUCUGUUGCGCAGGCAUACAAUGAAUUGCACAAGAUUCGCACAGCCAAACACCAAAAGGAAACGUGCGAGCGCGAGUUGAAGAAUCUACAGGAUACCUCUGGCCCGUCUGGUCACCAGAAGCUGCAGGUAUGCGAUGUUUGUGGCGCGUAUCUGAGUCGUCUCGAUAACGAUCGUCGAUUGGCGGAUCAUUUCUUUGGUAAAAUGCACAUGGGUUACUCGGACAUGCGCAAGACGUAUAAGAAACUCAGCGAGGAACUCAAGGGUAGACCGCCGCCAGUUCGUCAUCACGAUGAUGAGGACAGUGGCUGGGGUGGCCGCUCGGGUGGUGGUAGAGGACCUCGGUAUGGUGGUGGCGGCGGCUACAAGAAGCGUGGUGGACGGUGGUGAUAAUGAUGACUAUUCACUACUCUUCUUUUCUUUUGCUGCUGGAUUCGCAUAGCGCAGGCGUUAUUCUUUCUACCAGGACGUUAUGAAUUGUCAUAUGUGUUAAUAGGAUAAAGUACUUGUCUUGAAAAUCCAAAUCUGGGCCAUAUUUUGCAAUACAGUUGGUUCUGCUUGGACCGUAAGCUGGUAGUGCUACAUAAAAACAGCAAGGAAGCGCGAUUCACGAACUGAGUCUCAUAAUUGGAAAUCGAAUGGAACUA